GCUAUAUAUCACGGAUCACGGAAAUUGCACAUGGCAUUUCAGCAGUUACAAAACUAUUAUUCACCUUUGAUUAUAAUCACUUGUAAAAAUAGCUCGAUAACAUUGGACGUAGAGAAUCAAAUUAAAAUAAAACAGGGAGAAUAUGAAAACUUAAAUAAUAUUACUAUUUUAUGCAUUGAGGAUUCUGAUGCAGGUUUAGGUAGUGGUAGUGCAACAUUAAAUGCCCUCUUUUUUGCUACAGAAGUUUUGAGUUCUGAAAAUGGAUACAAUGUAAUAUCAAAUGAUGUUUUGGAAAAAAGAUUAAUAAUCAUUAUUCAUAUGGGUGAAAAUUGUAUUACCAAUCCUUAUUCUCCAGCAUUUUCUUAUGUCCCUGUAUCAAAUAAUAUAGACAAUGCUAUUAAUGGUAGUCAUAACAAAUGCCUGAUUAACCUUAUGAAUCUAAUUGACACCUUACUGUACAAAUUAACUAAUAACAAAGCUUUACAUGGGGUUUGGGUUUGUAGUACAUCUAUGAUAUUAAACAUUCCAGAACCUAUGACUAUCAUUGAUGAUGAAUGCCAAAUUAUAACAAUACCUAAACCAAUAGAAUAUGUAGCUAACUCACAUGGAUUUUAUAUUUUGGAUGAGAAGUCGUAUGUUAAAAGUGUGCAAUAUCAAAAAUCGAUCAAUGAAAUUAAUAAUACUUUGCCACACAAUUCAAAACAUAAUCCGAAUGUGCCGUUAGUUAUUGGUCUUAUAUAUUUCCCUGUCAAAUUUGCUCAAAUUUUAUUACAUUUGCAUUCCAAGCCACCUAUCGAUUGCUCAACCUAUAUGGGAAAGGAUAGGGGAGCUCAUUCUUUAAAACUUACCUUAUUUUUCGAUUUACUCUACCCAAUGUAUCUCGAUUCUGAUUUGGAUAAAUUCUUAUCACCCAAUCACGAUAACCAUUUGAAGUAUUCCGAUGAUACUACCGCUUCGUCCUCCUAUCUUUACAUGGCAAGAAGUUUAUUAUGGAAAUACCUCCAUAAAUACAAAGUCAAAGCAAUUUAUCUUCGAGAAGGCAAAUGUGAUUAUAUACCUCGGGAUUGUUUACGGGAUUAUUUGCGUUUGUUUUCAAGUAAUAGGCUUGAGUCGAAUAUCUCUAACUCAUAUUGCCAAAAUCGUUAUGCUUCCCAUUCCUACGUCGAUUUAGAUCGCGAUAUCAACGGUAUGAACGAUGAUUUAAUGCCCAUCAAGAUGUUAAAUUGCUUGAUUAAAACGGAGAAAUCGAUCUACGACACAUUCAGAAAUUCUUCUAAAUCUUUGACUAUUGGCGCGGGCACCAUUUUACACAAUUGUAAAAUUAUGAUCACCAAAGAUUCUAAUGUGUCAAUCGGUGCCGAUUGUUAUUUAUUCGGAGUCGACACGAAUAUGAAUACAAAUAAUCAUUAUAAAGAACAUCCCAAAAACUUCUUUAUCCUCCCCGACAAAAUCGCUAUUUUAACAUUGGAUAUAUUAUUACCUAUCAAGAGUGAUUGCAAUAUGCCGGUUAUGAUAGUGCUUGGAGUCACAGAUAAUAUUAAAGAUUCUUACGAUAUAGGCACGUUUCUUAACCAACCUUUUAUGGCUGUAAUGAAGGCUAAAGGUAUUAUUGAUAGCGAUUUGUGGCCAUCUGAAAUGCGCGAUAAAUCAGUGUACAACGCUAGGCUGUAUCCUAUCCUUUCUCUGGAUUCUGAGAAACGCGGUAAUCUUGAUAAUGUCACCCAAUUUCAGUUUUUAGAUUGGAUUUUAUCUAAGGAAAAAUCUGCCAGUUACGAUUUAUCAGAUUGGAAACUAGCUUGGCGAUUGUCUAUAAAAGAAAUUCUGACUUUAAUUAGUUACGAAAAUAAUUUCACCAAAGUCAACCUACUUUAUCAAGAAAUAUCAGAAAAUAUUGUCAGACAAUGUUUAAUAGAUCCUUUCAAUUCAGAAUCCCUUCAUCUCAAUCACCUAUUCAAAGAAUCAUGCAGUCAUGGCUAUCGUAUUAGGAUGUUGCAAUGCCUUGAUGAAGUAUCUCAAGAUUUAUGCCAAAAUAUGACUUCAUUGUCACCAGUGGACUUUAAAGAUUCUGGACAAAAUUUUAAAAAUUUGAAUGUCCAAAUAAGUUUAAUCGGAAGACUUUCUCGUUCAUUAUCCAAUACGGCCGAUUUCUUAAAUAUUUGGGCGGGACUCCAGGGGGGUCUGAGGUCUGGACCAGCCGCAAAUUUAGCUUGGAGACACUCUAACCUUUGUUUUAGCAACCACCAAUUUUACCAAGGCGUGAAAGCCCUUCAGAAAGAAAGGGCCAGAUGGAUUGACAGGCCUUUCCACUUGGUUAGGGCCGCAAGGCAUUACGCAGCUUCUUCUCAGUGCCUCAUAGGUCUUCAAGUUGCUUCAGCUGAAUAUAAUAUUCUUAUUGAACCUGAUGACUCUAACCAUUUAUUCGUUCCUUUAUAUAAGAUAGUCAGGGUAGAAGCACCUGCUAGGCUAGAUCUAGCUGGCGGCUGGAGCGAUACUCCUCCUAUAUGUUACGAAAACUUAAUAUUACUUGAUCCCAGUAUGAAGGAGAUUGGUGAUGAUAUAUUUAGUCAAAUUGGAAAUCAAUUUAUCAGUGGAAUAGUUUUAAACAUGGCGAUAAAUAUAGACGGGCACAAGCCUAUAGGUGUUUUAGGAAGGAGAGUGAAUGAACCAUCGAUCAAAAUAAUUAUGUCUAACUUACGACCAGAACCUUCCUAUGAAGCAAAUUUUUUUGACAGGGAUUAUGUUUUGGAGCUAAAAGCAGAAAAUUUUAAGGAAAUUAAAUUCGAUAGGCAAGAAGAUUUCGAGGACAUACAGCCACAAAGCUUGGGCGCCAUAUUUAAAGCAGCCUUGGUUGCCACUAAUAUCGUAGUUAACAAACCUUCCCAUAAUAAUGCCGAUACAAAGAAUUCGAUAGAUUCUAAACAUAUUCUCUCACAUGCUCUGAUAGCGAAAUUUGGAGGAGGAUUUGAAUUUUAUUCUUGGUCAACUGUUUCCGAAGGCUCUGGGUUAGGAACUAGCACAAUAUUAGCCUCUUGUAUCAUUGCUUUAUUAUGGACUCUGAUUGGGAGAAGUUUCGACAAACAAACCUUAUUAUACCAGGUUUUGAUGCUAGAACAAAUACUUACCACGGGUGGUGGUUGGCAAGAUCAAAUGGGAGGUAUUUACGGAGGGAUCAAGUUGGGUUUAUCCCUUCCAAAAUUCCCAUUCAUGGUUCACGUUAAAUUCUUGCAGCUGGAAUAUGGAUUUAUAAAGCAAUUAAAUGAGAAAUUACUCUUGCUAUACACUGGUAAAUCUAGGCUCGCUAAGAAUAUAUUACAGGAGGUGAUUAGAAAUUGGUACGCGAAAGAUAAUCAAAUACUCAAGAAUGUCAAGGAUAUAUGCGCUAACGCUAUGAACUGCUACAGGGCUUUAGUUUACGGAGAUUUCCAUUCCUUUGGUUUGUGCCUAAAUAUUUACCGAUCCCAAAAAAGUGCCAUGGCCCCAAUGAGUUCCGAACCAAGAUCCUUCAAGCGAAUUCUCGAUUACGUUGCCUCUCAGACUCUCGGGUCCUGUUUCUCAGGAGCUGGAGGGGGUGGGUUCUGCUAUGCUAUCGCCAAAGAUUCAUACGAAAAGCAAAUAAUGAUAGACAAUUUGAAUAGCUUAAACAAUUUAGAAUUAGAUAAAGCGCCACAAUUGGAAAAAGAAAACCUGGAUAGUUUACGUAAACUAUGUAUUUCAAAGAGCAAACAUCUUAAUGGAGAUGGAGUAAAAGAUGAAAAUUUUUAUAAUGAAGAUGUGGAAGAUAAAAUUUUAGUCUAUAAAGUGUCAAUCAAUACUGAUGGGCUAACUAUCACCGUGAUCUGAUUUAUUUAUUACAUAUGCGUCCCUGAUUUAUAUAAAUAUUUUCACUAUUUAUUGAAAUAAUUGUUUUUUUAUAUUUACAUAAAAUUAUGCACUUAAAAUGUGCUUGGUUCAAUGCAACAAUAUUGUUCAUAAACGAA